AUGGUAAAAUAUGUAAAUAUUGUGUUGCAACCAGACAUUUUUGUUGCUAUUGUUGCUGAUUCUGCAUUAGACACCACUGCAACAAAUUUUUCAGGUCCAAUAUUUUCUAUUACUUUUAUUAUUUUUUUGGCAUUAAAAUUUGCUAUAUGA